UGGUUCACUUCGUUUCGUCAGUCUUUUUCUAGAAGUCCGUAUGAAAAGUAGGUUUUCCAACUUGGAUCCCGUGUCGGUCGUUUGAUUGAAGUUCGCAGCGUUCGCAAUCGCCCCAAAAACGAUCUCGUUCGAUAGAUCGUACCGUACGCGUUCCGAAUCGCCCCAUCCGAGCGCCCCAGGUGCCCCACAAGGUGGGAAAAUCGCCGUUCGAAAGUUGCACUUUUCUCCUCGCCUCGGUCAGCCAUUGUUUAAAGUCUCGAAUCAUUUUUCGCCUACUGAGGUCCUCCACCUCGCUUGCCCGAGCCAGACCAGUAGUGCUCGCUCUCGCGCUGAGCUAACAGUACCCACAGCGUAGCGAAGAGGGUGGUGGUGUGAAAGCUCCUUAUUCGGCCAGUAAGUGUGUUGGUGGCGAGUGAAUUAGUGUGGGUUACUUGGAAUGUUGCUGUGGUAGUAGUAGUGGAUCGAAGUACGCAACCAGUGCGAAACGUCAACCCUCGCGAAACCAAGUGCGGGAUCCGUGCAAAGCAGUCCUCGUUGCGAAAAGAUAACAAAUCAACAUAGGGAAAUUGUUUUGCGAGAAGUGGAAAGUAAAUUCCCUGGCGUAAUCGAGUUUUUACCAAUGCAGUGCAAAUCUGCGCUGUUGUGUGAUUCUCGACGGUGAAAAGGCAAUCGUUUUGUGUGCGGGGUUUAAUAUGUGACGUAGGUGGCGAAGAAAGAGCGUGUUUAUUUUGAUAGGCGUUUUCAAGUGAGGCAGCAGCUUAUCAUCCAGUGCAAGCUAAAGAAGAGUGCGUUGCUAUGUAGCCAUCCGGUUCCUACGAUCGUAGCCGUGCUUUGAUGUGUGUUCUUUAUGAUUUUAUAUUUUGCUUUGGGUUCCGUUUUCGCAACAAGACGACAAUGGAGUGGAAAUUUUUUUGAAGUGACGAGCUUUAUCAAGACAAAGUGAAACCAACCACAGUCAGCUGUUUGUGAAACUUUGAAAAACUGGAAUCCAAGUCGUCAAGCUGGAGGGAUUACAUCGUUUAUUUGAACAGUUUUAUCUAACGUGACUAGCCCGUCGCGCAGUUCGCCGAACGAAAUCGUGAGUGCGUGCCCGAUCCGUAGCGGCAUCAGCAGCAUCAGCAGCAUUACAAACCGCGGGAAGACGACGACAGCGACGCCGCACCACGGGACGGGACUUUUCGUUCUCAAGUGCACAGAAAAAUUCGUUAAGGUGGCUCCGCAGGCCGUACAACAACCCUUAGUCAGUACUGUAAGGUUUCACUUUCCGCCGGUGGUACCCGUUGCGAACCCUCCGCCGCCCGAUAUCGAACGCUCUUCUUGCCGAAGCAGGGUACAAUUUUCGCCACAAGGGUAUGGUAUAUUUUCUGGGACAUUGGGGCAUGGGAGAUACUGAACGCACUACAACUCAGCAUGUCUCCAAUAGUGUGCAACAACAACCAAAACAACAGAAGCAAAACAGUUUCAACGUUUUCAACGUCGUCAGCAGCAGUCAGCAGUCGCAGCAGCAGCAGCAGCAACAGCAGCUUCUCUCUGUACGAAAUGCAGAAUACGCGUCUGAAGUCCAACUGCAACAGCAGCUGCAGCGACGGCAAAACAACCAGUUGCACUACCAUCAGCAACAGCAGCACUUGCAGUUUGGACCUGACUCGUCAGCGCUUAUUAGUGGUUUCUGCCUAACCAAAAGCGCCAACGUCGAUCUCCCGCCGUACCUGGAAGAUCAACAGCAGCAACAGUCAGCGGAGCAGCUCAACAAUUGUCACAUCGAUUGUGGUGGCAAUAUCGUGGUUAGCAAUACCCAUCAUCAUCAUCAUCUUCACAGCAGCAAUCAUCGCAACAACAGUAGUGGUAUUAGUGUCGGUAGUAGUGUUCAGUGUUGUGCGCAAGAGUUAAGUUUCCAUCACCAUCAUCAUAAUCAUCCUCUUCAUCAACAUCAACAACAGCAAUCACAACAAAGUCAGCAACGACAUCAUCAUCAACAGCAGCAGCAACACGACACUGAAAGUGACGAGGAUGAAAUCGCUCUCUAUCCUCUCAACAAUCAGGUCGGCGGUCAUACGCGACUGCUACUGCUGAACCAGAGCACCGUCAUCAAACCGUUGAAUCUAAGAGAACUAGAGUUCUACCAAAACAUUCCCAGCGACAUCCAGCAGUUCGUUCCAAAGUACAGAGGCGUCAUGCAAGCCACCACGAUGGGCGGUACCAAGCUGGAAAAGCGCUACUCGCCGAGCUUCCGGGACGAUCCGGGUCGCAAAACCGCCGCCUCGAAGCGCAAACGCGAGGAAGUACUACGGAUGAAAAUACAUAAGAAUGGCAUACCUUCAGAAGUGUUAAAAAGUAUUUCACAGAUUGACAACUCCAACAAACAAUAUUUCCUAAUGCUGGAAAACAUCACCUCCUGCUAUCGGCAGCCGUGCAUCCUGGAUCUGAAGAUGGGCACCCGCCAGCACGGGGACGAUGCCUCGGCGGAAAAGCGCAGCAAGCAGAUGGCCAAGUGUGCCGCUAGUACAUCGGCUUCGCUCGGCGUCCGCCUGUGCGGUAUGCAGGUCUACCAGGCGGACAUCGACCACUACAUGAAGAAGGACAAAUACUGGGGCCGGGAGCUGAACGAGGACGGCUUCAAAGGGGCGCUGCACAACUUUUUCCACAACGGGUUCCGAUUACGGACCAAGGUGAUCGGCAAGGUGCUGGACAAGCUCGAGCAGAUGCGGCGCGUCAUCGAGAAGCAGUCCAGCUAUCGGUUCUACUCGUGUUCCCUGCUCAUCGUGUACGAAGGCUACGAAGAACCUCCGACGACGCCGGCCAGUAGCUCGUUUCCAUCGGAACCGGACUACCACAUCCUGGAGACGGAAUCCAACUCCUACUGCUACGAUGCGGACGCUUCGAACAGUUCCAUCGAGCAGUUCAACAUGUCCUCCUCGCACGACGACCAGCCGGAUGAUACCGGGUCGUCCAACACCACUUCUUCGGCUCACCAACGGCUCAACGCCUCGAUGGCAACGGUGGCUACGGCUGCUGCAGCUGCCAAGGCAGCAGCAUCGGCGGUCACCAGUUUAUCUACAUCGGCCACGUCCAGCGGGGCCUCCAGUGGAGGCAGCUGCUCCUCGGUAAGCGGCAGUGCCGGCAGUAAGGGCAAGGCACCGUUCGUUCCGAUAUCGGAAGAAACGGUGUACCCCGGAGUGUGCGAUGUGACGAUGAACGUUCCCAUGGGAACGACACAGAACGUGACCAGUUCCAGUCCGCACUCGAUGGACUCGUGGAUGAACUACAGUAGCAAUAGCAGUAGCGAUGACUACGCAACGGCCUUCGUGGUGCCGACCCAUGUACAAAACGCCGAAGCCGACGCCAGCUCGGACUUUGACGGAGGUUUCAGCGGUCGGGUCGUUCCGCCGAGUCGGAAACUCAGCAACGUCGAAGCCGUUGAACGGAUUCGCGAGCGGUCCUCAUCUCUCACGUCGACAGUUCCAGCUUCUAUGGCUAUGACUACGACGGUGACGACCACUACAGCGACGGCGCCGUCGGCCUCGCACUGUUGUGGCAGUAUUAGUGUUGUAAACAAUAACAAUAGUAGCAGUAGUUGUGGUAAGGCUUACGACCAGUCCGACGCCGGUUACCACGAGGAUGAAGAAAGGGACGAUCUCGAUGACGACGAAGAAGGCGCCGUGGACGACGACGAUGACGAGGACGACGAAGGACAUCUGGUGACAUCGAAGCGACACCGCGGCAAGGAAUCGGCCGAGCGCCGGGCGGCAUCCAAAGUACAGCAGACCCUCCGGAGAAAGCUCAGCUCCAAGUCCAAGUCUACGUCGAUCAGCGGAGGCAGCACCGGUUCCAGCACGCAAGGGCUCGCCGAUGUGCGAAUGAUCGAUUUCGCGCACACCACCUUCGAGAUCAAGAACGGAACCUCGAUGUGCAGUACCAAUACCAAGGUGCACCACGGACCGGACAGCGGUUUCCUGCGAGGUCUGGACAGCCUCAAACGCAUCCUGACCGAAAUCUGCGACGAGCACUGAGAGUGAGAGACGAGCCAAACCGAUCUCCUUCUGUACUAUAUACCGUCGUUGGUUCUUCCUUCCUGUGUGUAUUUAAGUGCAUAACCCUAGGAUACCUUAGAGAACUGGCACGUGCCGCGACGGGGCACGUGCAUCCCUAGACUCUAUCUCUCUAUCUCGGUCUCAUUCUCGGAGCGUUCAUCCCCAUCGUGGGGAUGACACUGAGUAGCAGCUGUGCGAACGGCUCUUCCAGCGCAGCGGGACUUUGAUUGAAUCCGGAGUGGAGCAGCGGAACAGCAGGCGGCCUGCAGCAUGCAGCAAGCAGUCCUUCCGGUGUAAAAGUGCGUGUUUUGUCGAAACGAGGAAACACCCGUUUAUUUUGUGAAAUAUUGUGAUACUGAAGCAUUUUUUCAUCCAAGUACAUAUAUUAAAGUAUAUAUUUAAUACGAGAGGAAAACAAAGAAAAGUUACAAUUACAAAUA